AUGUUCACAAAUAAUGGUGAGAUUGAACCUUAUAACGUUGUUAACGAGUGGUAUAAGAAUAAGGGGAAAAACCUUUCUAGGAUUUUACGAUAUUUAGACUCAAGUUCUAGCAGCGAAGAAGUUGAAUUUACCGAAGAAGAUGCCGACUUAAUGUUGCUUUCUGAACAAGAAAAAAGCGGUUGUGAAGAAAGAUUGGCUAGAUUUUAUCUUUCAUUUCGCAAUAUAGCUGAGAACGAAGUUAGGAUAGUUACAGAAAAUAAUACAGUAUUAACUUCUAACACAACGACAACGUCGUGGGAUUUUGACGAUUGCAAAAUCUCAGCAGCUGUGGUUAAACUUUUUGUCGACCAGGAACCUGUUCAGGAGGUAGCAAAAAAUAUGGCUGUACCAGAAGAUGAAGUUAUGCUAUUGUGUUUAGAUCAUGUUUGGAGAGAGCGUGGCAAAGUUAUUGAAGGUUACAACUUGUCUUUUGUUUUGUCGUUUAUCGGGAUAUCGAAGCAAAAAAUGAUGAAGUUAGCAAUGAUUUUAAAAACUGCUCCUGACCAUUUUGAAGACGCGUUUGAUCUUCUUAAUUCAGCUUUGAGUUGCUGUGCGAUGCUGACUGCUUUACUCGCUCGCAUGUAUAGAUGGCCGAUCUUUCGGCAGUUGAACGUUCGGGAAGAGGUUUCAUUUAAUAUGUAUAAGCUCUUUUUUGUGGUGAAGUUAGACGUCUGGACGGAAGAAAAACUUUGGUCAUACUACGUACUCUGUCAGAACUCAGAUAAGGUUUUUCCAGAAAAGAACAAAACAUCAUCUUCUAAGCUUGGUGUAAGUAUGGAAGCCUGUCAGCUGUAUAAAAACUUUGGCAACCAGCUUUCCUGCUUUCUGGAGUCAAUGAAGAAAGUUGCGGCCGUCCUCCCCCCAACAAAAAUGCUUGAAAAUGAGGACUGGAGUAUGCCUCUUAAAGCGAAGAUUGUUAUUUCUUCUAACGAUAACGACAACAGCAAACAAUUCUUGGAAGAAGAGUAUCGCUCUAUGCCAGUUCUGAAAGUUUCAGGCACGUUGAAAAACGGGGUAGAGGGUCAAGAGGAAAUUAGUGUGGUGAAUUUUGUUCGGAGGAAGUUUGAUGAAGUUGAUGAUUACGUCGAUGCUGACGAUUUAAACCUUGAAGAAAUACCAUCAGGAGUUAAAGUUUUCGCACGGCAGUCUAACGCCUCUAACUUCAUUGGUGCUCGAGUUCUUGUGGCAAACGGAAAGAGUUACAAAAUACAGUUUGAUAAUGGAGAGGUAGAGGAUGACGUCGAUCUUUCGCGUGUAGCUGUUGAGUUUAGUAGUAAUUUGAAAAACUGGGAGGGGAUGCGAAUUUGCGCGUUGUAUAAAAAAAGACUUGAAAAUGAUAAAUACGAAAGUGCAAUUUAUGCAGGGACUGUAGGGAUGGGUCCUUACGGAGCUUCCAAAGAACUUUUGGUAUUUUUCGACAAUGGUGCUGAUGGACUGGUUUUGAAACAAAAUGUGUGCUUAUUAACCGAGCAGUGUUAUCAGUUUAAAAAUGGAAAGAAGGAGUUUGACAACCGUUCUAAUUGGGAGUUGGCUCCAAAGUCGAGGCAGUUGUUUUUAAAACACUAUCUGAGGAAAUUUCCUGAUUGGCAGUUAGUGAGAAUGAAGCGGCGUACUAAUACCCAACGCGUUAACGUGUUGAGGGGUUCAGUUGCAUACUCUGCUUUUGUAUUGGAUACGGACAGGCAGUUUGCCUUAUUGCGCUUUCCAAUACAUCGGAAACAUGGUUUUGAUUGUGUGGCUAUUGAUUGUCAGCGCCACCAACACGUAGACGAGUGGAUAUACCGAGGUUCAGAUCGAUUGGAUGCAAUUAGACAAACUAUUGAAGUAUGUCUGCUGGCAUUGCACUUAAAAUAA